CCCACGAUUUCCAUUAUUGGUGCUUCAAUCUUCAAGAUUCCCAUUCACCUACCCACUUCACUCCCUUUGCUACUCUCUUUCAAAUUUCAAUCAAUUGAAGCUUUUGGUUUCUUUCAAAAAUGUUGGGAACUUCGAUAAAUCCGAUCAAAUCAUCUUCUCCUUCUUCUUUAACCUCUGCUUCUUUUGAAAAGAGAAUGUCGGUCAUGCCGCCUUCGUCGGCGACGAUUUGCUUAGAUGAAUCGAGGUCUACUCGUCGGUUCCGUUUACCGCUGAAUAGAUUGCAGUGCUCCGGCACUUUGGGUACCAUGCACCUCUCCGGCGUCAAGUUCAGUGUCUCCAGAGGAUCGAAAUUUCGCGUUUUCUGUGAAUCGAAGACACAAGAGUUGCAGAUCAGAAGGUGUUCACCUUUACUUGAAAAAUCAUCAUUGUCAAGUAAUGGUGCACUGGUAUCGGAUGAAUGGAAAGCAGUCCCCGACAUUUGGAGGUCUUCAGCUGAGAAGUAUGGUGAUCGAGUAGCAUCGGUGGAUCCAUAUCAUGAUCCGCCAUCUACCUUGACUUAUAAACAGUUGGAGCAGGAAAUAUUGGACUUUGCUGAAGGUUUAAGGGUUAUUGGAGUAAAGCCAGAAGAGAAGUAUUCACUUUUUGCUGAUAAUUCGUGCCGGUGGCUUGUUGCUGAUCAAGCUAUAAUGACAACAGGAGCGAUUAAUAUUGUCAGAGGGUCAAGAUCAGCUGUGGAAGAGCUUUUACAGAUAUACAAUCAUUCUGAAAGUGUUGGGCUUGUUGUUGACAAUCCUGAAUUUUUCAAUCGUCUUGCCGGGAAAUUUUGUUCCAAUGCAACAAUGAGAUUUAUUGUUCUACUUUGGGGGAAAAAAUCACGCCUGGCCAACAAUGAAACACUUGGUGUACCUGUAUUCAGUUAUGAGGAGGUUGUGAAUUUAGGAAGAGAGAACCGUGCUGCCCUUAUCGAUUCUCUUGAUGCUAGAAAAGGUUACAAAUAUGAAGCCAUCAGCUCAGCUGAUAUUGCUACUCUCGUAUAUACAAGUGGAACCACUGGUAAUCCAAAAGGUGUUAUGCUUUCACAUAAAAAUUUAUUACACCAGAUAGAAAAUUUGGGGGUUCUUGGACCUGCUAAACCAGGGGAUAGAUUUCUAAGUAUGCUUCCUACUUGGCACAUGUAUGAGCGAUCUUGUGAGUAUUUCCUAUUUACUCGUGGAAUUGAGCAAGUCUAUACAACCGUGAGAACUUUGAAGGAUGAUUUGAGAAAUUAUAAGCCAGAUUACAUGAUUUCUGUACCUUUAGUGUAUGAAACACUCUAUAGUGGGAUUCAAAAGCAGACCUCUACGAGCCCCAAUGCUAUUAAAUUAAUGGUACUUUCAUUCAUAAGGAUCAGCUUGGCAUAUACAGAGUUGAAGAGAAUUUACAAGGGACUAUGCCUAACAAACAAUCCAAAGGAACCUUCAUAUGUUGUAGCCAUGUUAGAUUACUUAUGGGCUAGAGUGAUUGCUGCAUUAUUGUGGCCAUUGCAUGCAUUAGCUACGAAGUUUGUCUAUGCAAAAAUCCGCUCUGCUAUUGGAAUACAAAAGACUGCCAAAAGCGGAGGUGGAAGUUUGCCGACACAUAUUGAAAAGUUUUAUGAGGCAAUUGGUCUAGAAGUAGAAAACGGAUACGGUUUAACAGAAACAGCCCCUUGUAUUGCUGGUCGACGACCUUCCUAUAAUGUUCUUGGUUCUGUUGGGCAUCCAAUUCCCCUCACAGAAUACAAAAUUGUAGAUCCAGAAACCGAUGAAAUCCUCCCACCUGGUUCCAAGGGCGUUAUCAAGGUUAGGGGGCCGCCAGUGAUGAAAGGUUACUAUAAGAAUCCAUUGGCUACGAGGCAAGCCAUAGAUGAAGAUGGUUGGCUAAACACUGGUGAUCUAGGUUGGAUUGCUCCUCAUCAUUCAGUAGGACGAAGUCGACGAUGCGGAGGUGUGGUGGUUUUCGAAGGACGCGUCAAGGACACUAUUGUUCUUUCUUCCGGUGAAAAUGUUGAACCUUUAGAGAUUGAAGAAGCUGCCAUGAGGAGUGCUCUUAUUCAACAGAUUGUUGUCAUCGGCCAGGAUCAACGACGCCUUGGCGCUAUCGUUGUCCCAAACAAAGAUGAAGUUCUCCUGGUAGCAAAAAAUGCAUCUAUUGUAGAUUCAGAUGCCGUCAAUCUCAGCAAGGACCAAAUUACAAGCAUGCUAUAUGACGAAUUGAGAAAAUGGACAUCUGAGUGUUCAUUCCAAAUCGGACCAAUCCUUGUUGUGGAUGAACCUUUUACGAUCGAGAGUGGCUUAUUGACCCCAACCAUGAAAAUCCGAAGAGACCGAGUUGUGGCUCAAUACAAGGAGGAAAUAGCCAAUCUCUUCAUGUAGUUUCGUUUUUUGUGAAAACAUGACUAUUGUUGAAAACUGCAAUAAGAUUAGUAAUGUGAGUUAUCCUCCAUAUUGGUAGCAU